AUGGAUUUUCAAAACGUAAAUCUUCUGAACGUACGAAUAAAUUUGCUGUCUGGCAACUUGUUUCCAAUGACAACAGAUAAUUCGCGAUUCCCCAUUGGCUGGAAGAUAUAUAGUGCUGUUAUAUGGUUGAUGAUCUUAGCCAUAGUUAUUGCGUUUUUUAUUGGGUUUAACAUGGUGUCCAAGAUGAAAGCUAUAAGCGACGGCAUGAUUGGCACCGUGUUCGUCGCAGAAGUAUUCUUCAUGGUCGUGCGUAUUCACGCGCACAGGGAUCUGAUUGUACAAUUAAUCAGAAAUAUGAAUGACAUUCUUCGCGUUCAGGACGAGACCAUGAGGUGCAUUGUGAUGGCUUCUCUAAAACUGAUGCAUUCUCCAUUCAAAUUUUACUGGUUGUCUGGCGUCACAACCGUGGUAAUUUGGAUCGGCGUGCCGCUCACGGCAGUCUUCAGAAAGAAUUCUUUCUUCUAUGAGGAUUACAGAUUGCCGUUUGCCAUCUCCAAGCAGCCAUUCUCAACGGAAAUUUUCCUGUUGGGUGGUUUUAUGUUGGUACUCUGCAGCGUGUAUGUUAUUUUUAAAAAGGCGGCCGUGGACAUCUAUAUGUUGAAUUUUGUGAUGUUGAUGACAGCUCAAUAUCGUUACAUUGCGGUAAAACUUCACAAACUAUUUCAAGAAAAAUAUUCGCAGGAUAAACGUGCUAAUUCUCGAAUGAAAAAUAUAGAUUUAGGGGCAGAAACAGAGAUGAUAGCAAUAUGUAGGCAUUUUAACGCCGUAGUUCAGUAA